GAGAGAUCCCAGCGCGCAGAACUUGGGGAGCCGCCGCCGCGAUCCGCCGCCGCCGAGCUUCCGCCAGAUCGGCCCCUGCCCCGGCCUCCGCGGCUGCCCCGCGUCCACCCCGGGCCGCGGCCACCGCCAGUCUGGGGGUCCGCCCACACUCCCCACAGCGCGCCCCGCGCCCCGCCUGUGAGCGGGUCAGCCCCCGACAAGGGUGCCCUCAGUAGCUUCGGCCCGGGCUGCGCGCACCGCCCCGCAUCGGCUCGCCAGCGCUCUCGUCCGGGAUGGCAGCGGCCAAGGCCGAAAUGCAGCUGAUGUCUCCGCUGCAGAUCUCCGACCCGUUCGGCUCCUUCCCUCACUCGCCCACCAUGGACAACUACCCCAAACUGGAGGAGAUGAUGCUGCUGAGCAACGGGGCUCCCCAGUUCCUCGGCGCCGCCGGAGCCCCAGAGGGCAGCGGCGGCGGCAGCAGCAGCAGUAGCAGCAGCAGCAGCGGCGGCGGGGGAGGCAGCGGGGGCGGCAGCAGCGCCUUCAACCCGCAGGGGGAGCCGGGCGAGCCGCCCUACGAACACCUGACCACAGAGUCCUUUUCUGACGUCGCCCUGAACAACGAGAAGGCCAUGGUGGAGACGAGUUACCCUAGCCAGACUACCCGGCUGCCCCCCAUCACCUACACCGGCCGCUUCUCCCUGGAGCCCGCGCCCAACAGCGGCAACACGCUGUGGCCCGAACCCCUCUUCAGCCUGGUCAGCGGCCUCGUGAGCAUGAGCAACCCUCCCGCCUCGGCGGCCCCGGCGGCCUCCCCGGCGGCGGCGGCGUCCUCCUCUGCCUCGCAGAGCCCGCCCCUGAGCUGCGCGGGGCCCUCGGCCGACAGCAGCCCCAUCUACUCGGCCGCGCCCACCUUCCCCACCCCCAACGCCGACGCCUUCCCCGAGCCCCCGAGCCAGCCCUUCCCCGGCCCCGCGGGCGCGGCCCUGCAGUACCCGCCGCCCGCCUACCCGGCCGCCAAGGGGGCCUUCCAGGUGCCCAUGAUCCCCGACUACCUGUUCGCGCAGCCGCAGGGCGACCUGGGCCUGGGCGGCCCCGAGCAGAAGCCCUUCCAGGGCGCCCAGCAGCCCUCCCUCACCCCGCUCUCCACCAUCAAGGCCUUCGCCACGCAGUCGGGCUCCCAGGACCUGAAGGCCCUGAACGCCACCUACCAGGCCCAGCUCAGCAAACCCAGCCGCCUGCGCAAGUACCCCAACCGGCCCAGCAAGACGCCGCCGCACGAGCGGCCCUACGCCUGCCCCGUCGAGUCCUGCGACCGCCGCUUCUCGCGCUCCGACGAGCUGACCCGCCACAUCCGCAUCCACACGGGCCAGAAGCCCUUCCAGUGCCGGAUCUGCAUGCGCAACUUCAGCCGCAGCGACCACCUCACCACGCACAUCCGCACGCACACGGGCGAGAAGCCCUUCGCCUGCGACAUCUGCGGCCGGAAGUUCGCCCGCAGCGACGAGCGCAAGAGGCACACGAAGAUCCACCUGCGGCAGAAGGACAAGAAGGCGGACAAGGCCGCCGCCGCCGCCGCCCCGCCGGCCGCCCCGUCCCUGCCCUCCUACCCGUCCCCCGCCGCCGCCUCCUUCCCGUCCCCCGCGCCCACCUCCUACUCGUCCCCCGGCUCCUCCACCUACCCGUCCCCCGCGCACAGCGGCUUCCCGUCGCCCCCCGUGGCCACCAGCUUCGCCUCGGGGCCCCCGGCCUUCCCCGCCCAGGUCAGCAGCUUCCCCCCCGCGGCCGUCACCCACUCCUUCAGCACCUCCAGCGGGCUCUCGGACAUGACGGCCACCUUCUCCCCCAGGACCAUUGAGAUUUGCUAGAGGGGACCGCCAGGAGGCCUAAGGGAGGCGGAGAACGCGCCCCGGGGGGCCGCCGCGAAGGACAGGAGGGAGGAGGCGGCCCUCGGGGGAAGACCUCGAAGCCAAGGCCUCCCCUCCAGGCCGGAGCCGGAGGUGGGGCUGGCCGGCAGCCCCUUCGCCAGCCGUCCCCGCCUCCCCGCGCCCGCUCCCUCCGACUCCAGCUGCCUGAAACAGCCAUGUCCAAGUUCUUCACCUCUAUCCAAAGAGCUUGACUUGCAUGGGUAUUGGAUAAAUCAUUUCAGUAUCAUCUCCACAUGCCUGGCCCUUGCUCCCUUUCAGUGCUAGACCAUCAAGUUGGCAAAAUGGGUUUGGGGCCCUGAGAACCCUGCCCUGUUACCUUUGUACAGCGUCCGUGCCAUGGAUUUUGUUUUCCUUGGGGUAUUCUCGAUGUGAAGAUAAUUUGCAUACUCUUGUAUCAUUUGGAGUUGACUCCUCACUUGCGGGGGGGAGGGGGAGCAAAGCCAAGCAAACCAAUGGUGAUCCUCUGUUCUGUGAAGACGCUGCUGCCACGAUAGGUUUGAAGCGUUUUUUUUGAAGCAGCGGCCCUAGGUAGUGACUGGAGCAUGUCAGAGCGUUCCGUUAACUUUGUAAAUACUGCUCGACUGUACUCACAUGUGACAAAGUGUGGUUUGUUUGGUUUUUUUAAUUUUUUUUUUCUUCUUUUGAAAAAAAAAAAGAUCUUUCCCGUCCCCUUGGUUUCAAAAGUUUCACGUCUUGGUGCCUUUUGUGUGACACGCCUUGCCGAUGGCUUGACAUGUGCAAUCGUGAGGGACACGCUCACCUCUAGCCUUAAGGGGGUAGGAGUGAUGUUUUGGGGGAGGCUUUGAGAGCAAAAUGAGGAAGAGGGCUGAGCUGAGCUUUGGUUCUCCAGAAUGUAAGAAGAAAAAAAAAAUUUAAAACAAAAAUCUGAACUCUCAAAAGUCUAUUUUUUUAACUGAAAAUGUAAAUUUAUACGUAUAUUCAGGAGUUGGAAUGUUGUAGUUACCUACUGAGUAGGCGGCAAUUUUUGUAUGUUAUGAACAUGGAGUUCAUCAUUUUGUGGUUUUAUUUUACUUUGUACUUGUGUUUGCUUAAACAAAGUGACUUGUUUGGCUUAUAAACACAUUGAAUGCGCUUUAUUGCCCGUGGGAUAUGUGCUGUAUAUCCUUCAGAAAAUUAAAAGAAAAUAAAGACGCCGGA